GUGUGAGUUGCCCCCUCCACUGGCAUUUAUGCUGUUGGUGCAAACAGGUCUCAGAUUGCCCCAAAACCUUGCCAUAAAUCUCAAUUCAAGCCGACUGCAACCUCUCUUGCGUCCAUUCCUUUGCCACAGAUCUGUUUUAUUUCUGACACUGCACAGGCAGCACGCCCCGCAGCAGUCAGCAUGGACACCACCCCGACUUCGUUCUCAUCGCAGAGGGAAGGAUUUGCAGUCAUAUUCGUCCUCGGAGCACCCGGUUCUGGGAAGGGCACGAUCUGCUCGUUCCUGGCCCGCAAGCACAGCCUGCGGCAUUUCUCCGUGGGCGACAAUCUGCGCACGUGGAUGCAUGCAAACGACGGAACGCCCCUCGCGGCCCGCAUCCAGGAGAAGCUCGACCACCAGGGCUUCCUCACGUCUGCGGAACUGAACCCGAUCCUUGGCCAUGCUAUUGAGGAUGCGAUCCGGCAAGGCGGGCUCAAGGGGAUCCUGAUCGAUGGGUUUCCCAGAUGUGCGGAGCAGCUCGAGUCGUGGGCGCAAUGGCCCUUCCAAGACAAGCUUCUUUUGGAGCGCGGCACUAAACCUGACGCUGUCAUCUCGAUCAACGUUACGGGAGACAAUGCGAAAGCGAGGUACCUUUCACGGGGCCGCGAUCGCAACGACAGCGCCGUGAAGUUCGAGAGGCGGUAUGGCGAGUACUUGAAGGAGGGGCGCCCCGUGGAAGAGCAUUAUCGGGAUGCAGGCCUCAUUAUUGACAUCGAUAAUAACGGCCCGAGAGAGGAGAGCCUUGCGUUGGCAGAGAAGACGCUUGGAGCGAGUAGUCUGUGGAAUGGCGUGAUCCUACGUCAGGAGACAGGGUCGCUUUCCAUUCUUUAGCACAGUGGCCAAAGGCUCAUUUGGUCUUGUGUCGAGAUGGUGGAUAUGAAGCAUUCCAGCAGCAUUCUAUACGCCUGUAAAUUGCAAGAAUAUGGGCAUAGCUCCUCAGGCACAAUGCAACUAGAUGGGAAUAAAAUGGAAUCAAUUUUCUGA